AUGAGUGACCAUGGAGACAGCAGCAGAGGCCCAGUGGAGGAACCACAUGGGGGCCAUGGGGAUAAGCGCAGUGACGCUGCAGUCAAAAGAAGAAUGAAUAAGAAUGUGGCUGCAGAAAGAGGUGUGCUUUGCAAAGUCUGCCCAGAGAGGGCUUUGAAGUCCUGUGUCACCUGCAUGGCCUCCUUCUGUAAAGAACAUGUGAAGAUGCACUACAUACUUCCAGCACUGCAGAAGCAUGAGCUAGUGGAGGCCACUGAAAACCUGAAGCAGAAGGUGUGUCAGCAGCACCACCUACCAUUUGAGCUGUUUUGCAAGACGGACCAGAGACGUUCUUUCCCAAGAGAUCAACUGACUGUACAACGUCAUCUGAUUAAAAAGGGUCCACCUGAUAGUUACCGGCUUCCAACAGAGAAGACCAACAUUGGUGGAGACGAAGAUGUCAGAAGAUUGACAUUUGGCAAAAGAAAUUUGAGUAAACCUCUGCACACCAUUCUUCUAGUUGGCGUAACAGGCAUAGGGAAAACAACAUUAAUCAAUGCUAUGGUCAACUAUAUGUUUGGGGUCAAGUCUAGGGAUGAAGUCUGGUUUCAGAUCACAGAGGAAGAGAAAAGGAAGUCUCAGGUAGAAUCCCAAACAACAAAGAUCACUGUUUAUGAUGUAUUUGUGGAAACAAGUUCUCUAUCUCUCAGAAUAAUUGACAGACCAGGUUAUGGAUCUGCUGAUGCGGCUGACCGCAAUGUUGCAGAAAAAUUGCUAGUUUUGUUCAGAUCUGAAGACGGAGUUCAUGAAAUCAAUGCUGUAGGUCUGGUAGUUAAGUCAGAUCAAAAUCACCUCACAGAUUUUCAGCAUUACACUUUUGAUGCCAUUCUCUCCCUGUUUGGGAAAGAUCUAGAGAAGAACAUAGUGGUGUUCGUCACUCAUUCAGAUGGAAUGUCUGCCGGCAAUGCCAUUGCUGCCAUCAAAGAAUUAAAGGUUUCUGGACACGGCCAUUUGAAACCACAUCAUUUCCUUUUCAACAACAUACAGUCAAAGAGCUAUGAGAAGGAAAAUAGAGUUCCUUACCAGAGGGCAUGGGAUUUAGGAUAUAGGAGCAUGGAAAAGCUUUUGGCAUUCUUGCAUGAUAGUAGUGAAAAACCGUUAAAGAUGACCGAAGAUGUACUUGACGAGCGCCAAAAACUAGAAGCCCGUGUCCACAAUCUACAAGAUGGCAUUAAGAUGAAAGAUCUGAAAGAAGAUGAACUUCAGAAAACUCUAACCGUCCUGGAGGAAAAUAAAAAUUAA